GUUGGAAUUAAAAAAUUCAUAAAAAUUCUCCCUAGCGAGAGAGUUGUUGUAACCGUUAGUGAUAUAUCUGAUAAAAAGAUUAUCAAAACAUCUGAUGGUACUGUAAUCAUGUGUGUGUUCAUGAUAAAUAGAGUAUCUCGACAGCAAUCAUCACAAGGUGAGUAUAAAAUUCCCCACGCUAUGAUGGAAAUUCGAAUCGAGGAUCGAGGAGGUAUCGCGUGCGUGAGAAUGAAACAGACCCCUCACACAUCAGAUAUAGAAAUCACUAAGCAUGCGGUAAUUGGAUGUAUAAAGUUAAAGAUGAGUGGAGAUGCUGGUAGAUGUAGAAAUCUAUUGAAUAACACUGAAAAUAGCUUGGUAACUAAGGCUGAUGUCACUCUUAUAAAUGACAUCUUAAAUAGUCUAAAUGUUGAAAGUAUUAUAGAAAAACAUGUGCCAGGAACAUUAUAGUUUAUAUAGGUGUGGUCACACACAGACCGACACGAGAUACUUAUGCGACUUUGGAUGCGAGAGAAUCGAGUUAGUUUACAUAGGUGAGAGAGAUGAUAUAAGUUGCAGCAAUUGUUCUGAUAGAGGGUCAGUAAGUACAUACGAAACUACUAUGAGUACACAGACAGAGGUAGAAGAAUUAGAAUGUGCAUUAUGUCCACUAAGAAGAGAUGAUAACUCAUUAAGAUAUUGUUCUAUUCAUGCUGGUCAAUAUGAAUGUAAUCUAUGCAAUAAUGAUAAAAUCCAAGGAUCUGAAUAUUGCGAAGAUCAUCAACCAAACAAUUCAGAUCCAAAAAUAUACUGUCCCACUUGUGAUAUUCUCUUUGAUGGAAACGCGCAAUAUUACACACCUUGCCCAAAUCAGUGCGGCUUCAGUGGAUGAUUUUUGGACGAUUAAUUGAGCGUAUGUAUAUUUUAAAA